CGCAUAUCAGAGCAGCUACUCAACUACUGGUCAUUGAAGUUAGAAAUAUUCAGUAGAUAUUACCAUUACGAGUCAAUUAGAAAGGUAAUCAUAAGUAAGUUAACACUAUAAGAGGUCAGACAGACUGAAUUAGUUGAUUAAUUGAUUGAUUGGGGUAGUCAUUGAUAUUAGGUACAGUUAGUUAAGAUGGCCAGCUACAUCAACAAACAGGUGAUUGAAUUAAACAAAGUUACUGAAGAAAACCGGAACAGAGCAACAAGGAACGUGAAGACUGAGACCCAUCUCUCAGGACCUGAGGAUUCAGGGAGAAGACUCUACAGGAUGGUUGCUGUGAGUUUUGGGAUGCUGUGUGUUCUACAAGUCACGCUCAACAUCUCUCUGAGACUAGUCUAUAACAGAGGCAUGGGAGAUAAAACCAAUGUGACUGCAGAGAAAGACCAGCUACAGACCAGUUACAACACCCUGACUAAAGAGAAAGACCAGCUACAGACCAGUUACAACACCAGUUACAACACCCUGGCUAAAGAGAAAGGCCAGCUACAGACCAGUUACAACACCCUGGCUAAAGAGAAAGGCCAGCUACAGACCAGUUACAACACUCUGGUUGAAGAGAAAAUCCAGCUACAGACCAGUUACAACACCCUGGCUAAAGAGAAAGGCCAGCUACAGACCAGUUACAACACCCUGGCUAAAGAGAAAGGCCAGCUACAGACCAGUUACAACACCCUGGUUGAAGAGAAAAUCCAGCUACAGACCAGUUACAACACCCUGGUUAAAGAGAAAGACCAGCUACAGACCAGUUACAACACCCUGACUGAAGAGAGAGACCAACAAAAGAGGGAGAACAAUGAUCUCAUGGCAAAGUUCUCUAAUCUGAAACAAACCUGUCCUAAAGGCUGGCAGAAGUUUGAAUCCAGUUGGUACUUCAUCUCUACUGAGACUAAAACCUGGAGGGAGAGUAGCCAGGACUGUCAGGAGAGAGGAGCAGACCUGGUCAUCAUAAACAGUGAUAAGGAACAGGAGUUUCUCUUUGGCCUCAAUAAGAGAGCCUGGAUUGGUCUGACUGACUCUGUUAAUGAGGGGAUCUGGAAAUGGGUGGACGGCACACCACUGACCAUAAGUCACUGGUACCCACAGCAGCCUGAUAAUGGUGGUGACAACCCAGCAAAUGGGGAGGAGGACUGUGUUGAGCUGAACACAGAAACAUGGCUUCCUGUAAAGGCAUGGAAUGACCAAUCAUGUUUAGACAAUCGUCACUGGAUUUGUGAGAAAGUGGUUUAACAACACCAUGACAACAGAGGAGGCUGGUGGUGGGAGGACAGCCACACAUAAAGCACCCUACAGUGCAUCUAUCUCUCUCUCUAUCUCUCUCUCUCUCCCACUCUCUCUCAUAGCAUUGCUAAUGCAUGUAGGCUGAACAUCUCUCUGUAAUCUGUAAAAUAAUUGUUUUAAGUAGAAACAUGUUAUGUGAUUUGCCAAAGCUUGUGCUUUUUUCAUGAUCAAUUAUUAGCAUAAAUCUCUCUAAUAAGAAGAUUAUCUAAGGCUCAGAUUAAGUAAGAAAGGAACAAUGUCCUAGCAGGGUUACCAGCUUCCUGAUUUAAUGUGAUUGGAUCGUUAAAACAAUGUGACUUGCAGUUGGACACAGACGGACGGCAAAACAGUACUGAGAGGAUACACGCAGGACGCAGGCAGACACACACACAGGCAGAGGUGGGAAGUCCCCCUUUUCUGAUUAAGAUGCAGACGUAGAUUUCCCACACACACCUCUGAAUAACUCUUCACACUGAUGUCACACACAUACAGCAUAUAUUAAAGAAAAGGCCCAUAUAUAAUAAUAUGCCAUUUAGCAGACGCUUUUAUCCAAAGCGACUUA